CGACCGUUCUCUGUUCCCCGAGCGAAUUCAUUUGACUUGUCCCAAAAAUCACAACGAUGACGAUCCAAAUUCACGAGCUUUAUCCUAAGCCACGCAAUAUCCGACGUGGCAUCUCCAUCGGCCUUCUCCCUUCGCCCACCACCCAUUCAACCCCGACCCAAGAAUCGUUACCUCUCUCUGUUUCGCCUCUCGCACGAGUUCUCAUCUUCACCAAACAGGCGCUUGUGGCUGUGACGGCAACCCUGACCCACGACGAGAUUUGCCGUACCCACGUCUUGUUCCGGGCCAAAGCCUCGAAAUUCAUCGCCUCCUCGGAUCGCCGAAGCUGUUUCGGACAUGCUGGGUGGCGGUGGGGGCGGGAGUGGGAGUGUUUAUUGGGGUGCUAAAGGGGGUGACUUCAGAGGGAUAGUGGUGGUUUUUGCUUGGGUCUCGAUUCAGGAGAGGCACCUGAGGAGCUACGUGGAGCUGUAUUCCUCUCUUGGGUGGAAUUCCCUCGUUUGCCAUGCCGGGUUCUUGAACGCGUUUGCUUCUGAGAAGGCAAUGUCAAUGGCAUUUUUUGUACUCAAUGAGCUUCUCAAGGAGCUAGAAAUUAAGCCAUGCCCUGUAGUCCUUGCAGCUUUUUCUGCGGGUUCAAAGGCCUGUAUGAGCAAGGUUUUUCAGAUCAUCGAGAAACCGUGUGAGAGUCAGCUGAACUGGGACAAAUAUGGAUUGGUGAGAAACUGUGUUUCUGGGCACGUAUUUGAUUCCGGUCCAGUAGAUUUUACCAGUGAUUUUGGUUCUCGGUUUACUCUGCCUUCUACCAUCCUGAAACGGCCUGUACCAGCAAAAGUCGUCUCUUGGAUAGUCAAAGGUGUUUCCUCUGGUCUAGAUGCUCUGUAUCUUACCAGGUUUGAAGCCCAGCGUGCUGAGUAUUGGCAAAACUUGCAUUCUUCAGUUUGCAUGGGAGCUCCAUAUCUCAUCUUAUGCUCAGAAGAUGACAGCCUCGCUCCUUAUCAAACAAUCUUCACCUUUGCCGAGGAUUUACGAGGUUCUGGUGCAGAUGUUAAGCUUGUGAAGCUGCAUGGCUCCACUCACAAUGGUUUGUUACAAAACUGUCUUCCCUCAGAUCAUUAUAAGCAUUACCCAAUCCAAUAUCGUGCUGCGAUAGCCAGUUUGUUCGCAAAGGCAGCUUCCAUAUUUUCCCAACGAUUCCAGCAACUCGAGGAAGAGAGAACUAGAACGGGGAGCAAGUGCGACGAGAUCUCGGAGUUGAUAUGUGACCUCCAAAAUGCAGCCGUGAACUCGAACCAGAGCCUAAGAAGGGUUGCCACAGGACCCAGUGACCAUUUCUUCCUGCCGAGUUCAGUGAACGACAGUUACGCAGCCUCUGGGUCCUCCAACAAUGAGCAAAAGGAGUCCUCGAAUCUCACACAGAAUGCCCCGGGGAUCAGUGCGCACAGCAUAUUGGGCGAGAUGCUAUUCGACAUUUGCGUACCCAAGAACGUGGAGGGCUGGGACAUUAAGUUUUCCGGUUCUUUGAAUGGACAACCAUAUGCUUGUGCUCGGAAGCUGUCGCCAUCUCGUGAAAUCAAAUCCAUACGCAGGUCGAGAUUGUAACGUAAGUACAGUUAGGGUCCUCAGGAACAUUUGCUGAAAAUUUUGCGUGACUUUGCUGGAGAUUCUGUGAGACAACUGGCGAGAUCGGAAAGCUCGCUGUGACAUCUCGUGAAAACAAAGGUAUUGUGGAUAUAAAGGCUGAUGCUUGGUAUUUGUCUGGCAUGAUAAGUGUACAGAAAUGCUUGACAGAACGGACCUUCCAUAGACGAGUCCAAUCGGUGUAAGAAUGAUAACGUUCCUCAUCAACCAUGUAAUAUGCUCGUGACUGUAUGGUCUACAGAAGUGUGACAUAGCAGUAUAGGCGGUUCUCGUUCCUAGCUACGGGUACUAUGGGACCGCUGCUGAUGGUUUGAAGGAGAUUCAGCUGUUACUAGUGUAAAUAGAGACGGAUAGAGGUGUCAGGUUCACGUAUAUCUAACUAGUCCCUUGUGACCGAGUUUGCCUAUGCAGUACAGUUUUUUGAGUGAUCGAGUGUGUAUCAGCCCGAUUACUGUGCAAAUAACUAUUUUCUCGUGUCCGAGUGUGCCUAUGAAAUACGGUUUUUCGAGUCAUC